AAAAAAAAACAGUCACGUAUUGGAAUUCAAUUAGAAAGUUCAUAUUAAAUAGUAAGUCAGCAUUAAAAGACAAAGAAAAAGAAAAGAAAUUUCUCCUUCUCCUGAAGGCAAAAGGAAAAAACGCGCAGUGAGGUUUUGCUAUUUGACAAACAAGUAAAAAAGCAUUAGGAAUUAGGAGCCUAUCAAACCCAGAGUAUACACGGAAUGGGAAUCACAGCCAAGUCCAAAGCUAAGAGCAACCACGACAAUUGGGGCAUGGGUUUCCUCCUCGUCUUCCUCCCUGAAGACAAUUCUGCCACCGCCACCACCGCCGCCGACGCCAUUGUUGAUAAAGCUAAUACCUCUCCGUCCCCAUCUUCUAGUUAUAAUAGCACUAAAACAAUCAAAAGAACCAACUCUAAUAAUCCCAUACUUACAAAAACCCAAUCAACCAUCUCUAUUUGUGCUCUUCUGCUCUUCCUUAGUCUCCUCCUCUUCACUCUCUCCACCUUUGAACCUUCCAUUCCGAACUCCGCCAACACUCUUAAAACCCCGCGAAGAUUAUUGCCAGAGAAGUUUCCGAGCAAUCCCAUUAAAAUCCAUCAGCCAAUUAUGACCAAAUCAAACUUUUCUUGGUUUUCCAAGAUUUGGCUUUCCAGGAAUGGAAAUAAAAGAAGUGAGUUGCUCUCUUCUUUUGCUUUACAAGGAAUGGGCAAGCUUUAUUUGCGUGGCACAAAAGCUAUGAAUGAUCUUGUCGUUGGCCAUGUAGCAGAAGAUACUAAUGAAGAUGAGUUUAGGGUUUUCUUGCGUCUCUUGCAUAGGUCAGGCGUUACAGCUAAAGCUGACUUGGUUUUUAUUUUCAGUUCUUCUUUAUUAGUAUCGAGAUUUGAAGGUUUGAUUCGAGAAGAGAAUGACUCGUUCUUGAAACUCGUUCAAUACUAUAAACAAUUGAACAGUACGAGUCCUGACCCGGUGUCGGUGGCCGCCUCGGGUUUAAGAUUUGAUGUGACUCAGUUUGUUAAGCAUGGGAAGAAAGAAAUGGCAGAGCCUCUAUGGGGGAAGAGAAUUCGGGUUAAUAAUUAUAAUGAAUCGGAAGAAACCGAAAGUGAGUCGACCAGGUUGAGUUAUGGAUCGGUAGUCGGGUUCGAAACGAGUGAGCUUGAUCCUGAGAACUCACUCAAUGGAUUCUUAGACCAUGUGCCAAUGAGUCUGAAAAGAUGGGCUUGUUAUCCAAUGCUGCUUGGUCGAGUUAGAAGAAAUUUUAAGCACGUAAUGUUAGUAGACGUCAAAAAAUUGGUGCUACUCAGUGACCCACUUGGGCGAGUCAGGAACCGAAGUCCUGAGUCAGUGCACAUAUCAACAAAACUAGAAAGUAGCUCCUCAACUAAGCAUGUGAAACGAAACUCAGACAAAACCCAGUCUCAUUCCCAAGUUAACUCGGGGAUAUUGAUGGGUGGAAUUCGGGGAAUCAGAAGGCUUUCAAGUGCAAUGUUGACGGAAAUAGUUCGAGCGGCAAUGCAGAACAAGAAGAAAAUCUCAGUUACGGAGUCAAAAAUUCUAAGCCAGCUCGUAAGCAAUGGGCACAUUCUGAAGAACAUCGAUCUGAUAAUGGCAGCCGAGUCAAUACCGGAAAUGAGUUCGCUCACAGAGGCAAACUCAGCAAGGUGGGAUCAUCAUAAAAUAAUCCAACGGGGUAAUGGUAAUCAUGAUGUUAAUUCAAUUAUUUUGAAGCAUAUAUGUUCAUGUGAAAUAGAUUCUUCUGUUUAUAGAGAUUGCUAGGCUAGCAUGUUCUUAUUAGAGAAUAGAAUUUUGGAUAAAAGAAUAAGGGACAUAGACCUUUUGUUGUUUCUAUAGUUACCCAAUCAGUUUUGUUUUUACAUGUACAUGUUACUAAAGAAAUUAUUUAUAUAUUGAA